AUGCCAAAGGCAAUCUUCAUCAGUCCGAUCGACGGUAAACCCGGCAAGCCCGGCCAGGUCUACUACCCCCUCGUGCAGAGAAAUGUCCCUCAAGCGACGCCUAAUGGCAGCGAGCUCCUCAUCAAACUCAGUGCCGCUGCACUGAACCACCGCGACCUGUUCCUCCGUCAACACCUCUACCCCGGUCUCUCAUUCGACGUCCCGCUGUGCGCAGAUGGCGUUGGUACGGUCGUCGAGCUCGGCUCGGGUGUGAAAAACCAGGCAUGGAAAGGCAAGCGAGUGAUACUCAACCCAGGCACGGGCUGGCGCGACGACCCCGACGGACCGGAGGAUCCCAGCGGAUACAAAAUCCUCGGCGGCACCAAAUUCGACCCUCGCGGCACGCUGCAGGAAUACGUGGUUGUUGACGAAUCAGAGGUCGAGGAAGCGCCGUCGCAUCUGUCAGAUGCGGAGGCAGCAGCGCUGCCAUUGACGGGCUUGACGGGCUGGAGAGCUCUCAUAUCAAAGGCCGGGGAGAAGAACUCGGCCUCGGGUGCUGCAGUGCUGAUCACUGGUAUUGGCGGUGGUGUUGCGCUUAUAGCAUUGCAGUUCGCCGUCGCGAGGGGGGCUUCUGUGUAUGUGACUAGCUCAAGCCAAGAGAAGAUUUAUAAAGCCAUUCAGCUGGGCGCAAAGAAUGGUGUCAAUUAUAAGGAGGAGGGAUGGGAGAAGAAACUUCUUUCUCAGCUUCCGACUGGGAAGAAGGCAUUCGAUGCUAUUAUCGACGGAGCAGGUGGUGAUAUUGUCGAAAAGGGCACCAAGAUACUCAAGGCGGGUGGUGUAAUCUCGGUGUAUGGAAUGACGGUGUCCCCCAAGAUGCCGUUCCUCAUGCAGACGGUGCUGAAAAACAUUGACCUCAAAGGCUCGACCAUGGGCUCGCGUAAGGAGUUCAAGGAGAUGGUAGACUUUGUGAAAGCGAAUAAAAUCAAACCAGUUGUGUCGAAGACGCUGCAGAGUAGUCUCGACGACAUUGCAGGUCUUGAUUCUUUGUUCGACGAAAUGAAAGCCGCGAAGCAGUUUGGCAAACUUGUGAUAGUGUUUGGGGGGUCGGGGAGCAAGCUGUAA